UAAACGAAAGUACAGUCACCAAGAGCAAUUUCCAUGUUAGCUUUUUUAAUUGUUGUUAGAACUCAAAAUAAGAUUAAUUUAACCGCACAGCAUCACACUUACUCCAGGUAUUCUUUAAAUUUCAUUGGAGACAGGACUUGGAUGUGAAUUAGGUAGAUGUGAACUAGGUAACGUUAACGCUAGCUAGCUGCUAACGUUAGCUAAAAAUGGCUAACUGUAUGGCUUUUCACACUCAAAUGGCAUCCAUCAUGGAGGUGCUAGCGAAUGCAGCCGUGGCAGAGAUCUGUAAACUCGUAGAUGACGAUUAUGCAGUGUUUCGUUUGGAAAUAACUCAAAGCCAGAAAGAAAACAAGGCAUUGCGGAGGAAACUACAGCAACUGGAAAUUAAGGUGUCACGGGACAGAGCAGACAGGACCAUGCGAGAGCGCGUCCUCGCCAGUCCCAGUGUCAAGAUCCUCGACCGAUACAGAGGAAAGGCAAAAGUCACUCUCUCAGGUGAAGGACAUCACACUGGAGGCCACAGAAACUUUGUGAAGCCAGCGGGACAAAAUACAUGGAGAGAUGACCAACCAAUCACUGUUGAUGAGGGAAUAGGAAAUGCAACCCAUCAUGUUAUAGAGUCUGCAGAGGCUGCAGGUCCUGGGGUCAAGCAGGAAGAGUCUGAAGGAGAGGUGGACCCACGACACAGUAGAGACAUCCAGACUGGAGCGGCUGGAGCGCCCCCUGUUGCCACGGAGAACCCCACCACCGCCCAAGAUCAAUCAAGGACCCGAUGCAGCAUCAUGGUCAGUGGAACGCUGAAUGCCAUCCUCAAGUCAGAGACAGACACCAAGACCUUAACGGGGCUGAACCGACUGGGCUGUCCUCCUGCUCCAAGCUCAGAGUAUUUACUUUAUGGCAACACAAGCCCGAGGACUGUUCUGUCCCAUCGGGACUCAGGUGACACUUUACAGACUGUCAAUGAUCCAUCCUGUUCAUACACUACAGAGAUGAUACCUGGUGACAUGCCUGUGGUAUUUGAUGCACAGACUAAUCCUAUGAAAGUGGACUGGAACCAGUACAGUAGUAGUGGAUACUCUGAAGGGUGCCUAGAUAAGAAAGGGGAGAGCCUGGUCGUAGAUGAGGUGACUGUGAAAGUGGAGGGCGACGCUCCUCUGACAUGGAAUGCAUACGAAACUCACUUAGGAGAAGGACACUCACAAGGCAACACCAUUGACUUCUUAGACUACAGGGAAAGCUUGGAGACAAAUCUAAAUGUCAUGACCCACUCCCCUUUACACACGUUUACACACGAUCCAUUAUCCAUGUCGAUGGGGCCCUCCGAUUCACACAGGGAACAAAUGACCAAGGCGCGUGGAGAGGGAGCCAUAUCAGGCAAUGGUAAAGAGAAACGGUUCCUUUGCAUGUUCUGUAACAAAGGCUUCAGCUGCCCCCAGAAGGUGGACAUCCACCAGAGGGUCCACACAGGGGUGAAACCCUUCAGUUGUACCCAGUGUCACAUGCGCUUCGCCCAGGCAUGCACCCUGAAGAGGCACCAGAGGUCAGUAGACUUGGAGGAUGGGAAGGCUGAUCUGCUGCUAGUCAAAGAGGAGACAACAGACAACGGACCAGAGAGCAUUGAUCUGCUGAGUGGACUAAAGAUGGAGGAGCAAGGUGGUUGGCUGGAGGCUAACAGAGGACACUGGGUGGCCAUCUUGGAUUCCAAGACAGGUUUAGCCAAGAUCCCAGGGGACAACAUUACUGAGCAGGCCAAGAUCAGAGGCUAA